AAACAGCCUCCAUCUCACAGCUUUGGGAAGAUCCACAAGAGGUUCUUGCUUCAACAGUGAUUGAACGGAACUUCUUCUUCAUCCUGCACUACUGAUUAUUUUGGAGACCAGCUCCACAACAGAGUUUAUUUUUGUACCUUUUGAUAAUAAAAAGGAGAAAAAUCAGCCGAAAUGGAGUCUCAGAUCCGUCAGAACUACCACCGCGACUGCGAGGCCGCCAUCAACAGGAUGGUGAACAUGGAGUUUUACGCCUCCUACACCUACACCUCCAUGGCCUACUACUUCUCUCGGGAUGAUGUGGCCCUCGAGGGAUUCGCCCACUUCUUCAAGGAGAACAGCCACGAGGAACGAGAGCACGCUGAGAAGUUUCUGGAAUUCCAGAACAAGAGAGGUGGACGCAUUUUCCUCCAGGACAUCAAGAAACCUGAGCGUGAUGAGUGGGGAUCUGGACUGGAGGCCAUGCAGUGCGCUCUGCAGCUGGAGAAGAAGGUCAACCAGGCUCUGCUGGACCUGCACAAGCUUGCCACAGAUAAGGGUGACCCUCAUCUGUGUGACUUCCUGGAGUCACACUACCUGAACGAGCAGGUGGAGAUGAUCAAGAAGCUGGGUGACCACAUCACCAACCUCUCCAAGAUGGACGCUGGAAACAACAGGAUGGCCGAGUACCUGUUUGACAAGCACACUCUGGGGAGCAAGAGCUAAAUUAGGUCCUAGGCUUCAUCCAGAGCUUUCAGAACCUCCAUCUGAAAUCUAAAAUGUGCAAAAACACAGUCUUGAAGAGAUGGAAGAUCAAGAGUAGCUUUGUUUUACUCAGUCUUCUCUGUCCAGUUGUGAAGAUUAUGCUGGUUAUGGCUGUGGAGGAUCUGUAAACAAAUCUAAUGAAUAAACAUUUUGAGCUGAA